GCGUACCGAAUACUGUCGUCAGUGUGGUGGAAGCACUGAAACAAAAGAUCCAACGACGAUUGCCAGACGAAUGGGUGGCGAGAGAUUGACGGUCGACGACGGUCCGGCGUCCGGUUGAUGGCCGCGGAACGCGAUGCGGUCACCGGAUUCGAAACCAACGGCUGCGGCGGCGGCGGCCCACGGUUACCACCGAUCGGCGCGGCCGUACGGUGGACCGCGGCGGCCGCGGCGGUCACCGCGCAGCCAGACGGCCAGAAGGAGAUUGGAUUCGCGGGCACCAAGCAACCACCACCGUCCGCGCCGGCGCAGGUGCAGGAGCUGUACCGGAGGCUGCACAGCCGGUCCCUGUCGUCGCUGCCGCCCGAGCCGUUCAUGAUCAUGCGGUCCAAGGCGCUCAACCGCAGGGUGUGUAUAAACGUAGGUGGCGUCAAGCACGAGAUAUUGUGGCGCACGCUGGAACGGUUGCCGCACACCCGGUUAGGCCGGCUGAGGGACUGCAACACGCACGAGGCGAUCGCGGAACUGUGCGACGAUUACUCGCUGGCCGACAACGAGUACUUCUUCGACCGGCACCCAAAAUCUUUCAGCUCGGUACUAAACUUCUAUAGGACGGGAAAACUGCAUCUGGUCGACGAGAUGUGCGUGCUGGCGUUCAGCGACGACCUGGAGUACUGGGGCGUGGACGAGCUGUACCUAGAGUCUUGUUGCCAGCACAAGUACCACCAGCGCAAAGAGCACGUGCACGAGGAGAUGCGCAAAGAGGCGGAGUCGUUACGGCAGCGUGACGAGGAGGAGUUCGGUGAGGGAAAGUGCGCGCACUAUCAAAAGAUCCUGUGGGAUCUUCUCGAAAAACCGACCACGAGCAUCGCGGCAAGGGUGAUAGCCGUGAUCUCGAUACUGUUCAUCAUUAUGUCGACUGUGGCGCUGACGCUGAACACGAUACCGGCGAUGCAGGUGAAAGACGAGUCGAAGGGCGUGUUCCAGGACAACCCGCUGUUCGCCAUGGUGGAGCUGGUGUGCAUCACGUGGUUCACGCUCGAGUACCUGCUGCGGUUCAGCGCGUCACCCAACAAGUGGAAGUUCUUCAAGGGCGGCCUAAACGUGAUCGACCUGCUGGCCAUACUGCCGUACUACGUGUCGCUGAUAUUGGUGGCCGAGACCGACAAGACGGACACGCACCAGUUCGACGACGUGCGCCGCGUCAUACAGAUAUUCCGGAUCAUGCGCAUACUGCGCAUCCUCAAGCUGGCCCGACACUCCACCGGGCUCCAGAGCCUCGGGUUCACGUUGCGCAAUUCGUACAAGGAGCUAGGCCUGCUCAUGCUAUUCCUGGCCAUGGGCGUGCUAAUAUUCUCCAGCCUGGCGUACUUCGCCGAGAAGGAGGAGCCCGGCACCAAGUUCUUGUCCAUACCGGAGACGUUCUGGUGGGCCGGCAUCACCAUGACCACGGUGGGCUACGGCGACAUAUACCCGACCACCGCGCUCGGCAAGGUCAUCGGCGGCGUCUGUUGUGUCUGUGGCGUGCUGGUCGUUGCGCUGCCCAUUCCGAUUAUCGUUAACAAUUUUGCCGAGUUCUAUAAAAACCAAAUGCGACGCGAGAAGGCGUUGAAACGACGCGAGGCGCUGGAGCGCGCCAAACGCGAGGGCAGCAUUGUGUCCUUCCACCACGUCAACCUGCGGGACGCGUUUGCCAAGAGCAUGGACCUGAUCGACGUGAUCGUCGACAACGAGAGCGACAUCCCGAAGCUGUCCAAACAGAACUCGCUACGAUCGCACGUGGGCAGCAAUUAUUCGCAGUACGACGGGACGAGCAGCGGCAGCGAGACGGCACCGUUGAACCCGGCGCCGGCGCGCGGUGCCGCACCGCCGAAACCGGAACACCAGACGCUGUUGGACAUCGAUAACCCGGAGCAGAACGCCAACUCGUUCGGGAAGCCGUUCGAGAGCUCGGAGAAAAUGACCAUGAGUUGUUUUAACGAAAAAUUAGACGAAAAUUUCAAUGAGUUUGAAUGUUGCUCUUGUAGACAAAAGGAAGUGAAGGAGUACCUGGACGCGGAACACCUGACCCCGUAUCCGACCAGUGAGCCGCAGCGAACGCCGCUGAACGUGGAGAUGCGUACGCUUAAGUCAGAGGCGGACGGCGCGUCGUCGGGCGGCGGCGGCGGUGGUGGCCAGUGGCGAUCGCGCAACGAGGUGGGCAGCGUGGACAGCUCGGACACGUAUAUCAGCUGCAAGUCGCAGCCGUUCCACUCGCAGGGCGACCUGACCGCCGACGACAUGCACGACGCGGUGUUCGAGCACGUCGGACAUCAUCAGCCGACCGGCAACGGGGGCCCGGGCAAUGACUCGAACUUGUACGUGAACCCGCUGGAGACCACCAACGGCGGCAAGGGCGGGCCGCCCAGGAGCUUGGGAACGUCGCCGAUGGACGAGUGCAAGGAGUUCGGCGGUGGCCGGACGUCGGGAAGCCGGGGCAGCCUGAACGAGACGGCGAAACAGCGGAAGACGAGGUUCUCGCAGCAAUCAAACAUAGGGGAGAACUUAUUUGGUCGAGCGUCUCAAGAAAGUUUAGAUGGUGCACGGAAACGACGACCUUCGUUUGGGUUGUCGUCCAAAACAUUGACAAAUGCUACAAGAAUAAUCAAUCAACAUUUGUUUGGGUUACCAUUAAUAUCAAAUAAAACAGGGAAAAGCAGUAAGUCCACACCGUCGGCGUCGGUCGAGUCGAUUGACCGUUCGCCGGAAACACACCGAAGGUCCAAGUCCAUUCUGAAACGGCACCAGAACCCAACGGCAUCGCAGGCCACGCAGGACGCGCAGUCGACGAACGGUGGCGGCACCGGAAACCCUUCCGGCAACCACACGAGGAUAGGCAUCCGGCGCGCGGCCCACGUAGACCCGGAAACGGAGAAACUCAUACCGGACAACCUGUCAGACUGUUCGCCGGGCAAGAGUCCGAUGUCACCGCCGCAACAGCAGCUUCAUCCGCCGGCGCAGCCACUGCCACUGCCCAUGGCCGUGCCCGUGACACUGUCGCAACCCCUUCACCAUCACCACCACCACAACAACAACAACAACAACAACAACAACAACAACAACAAUAACAACAUCAACAAUAACAGCAGCAGCAGAAACGCGCGCGGUGGCAGGGCUCCGGUCGAAGUGGCGCUGCUGCAGGACUUGCUCGAAGACUCGGGCGGGCCCAUAUUCAUUUGUCCGCCGCCGCCACCGAUGACCGAUGGGGGUGACAAACGGUACUCGUAGUAAUGCAUGCGCUCGGUUCCGCGGUUCACCCGAAAAAAACGAAUGGGUAAAAGAAUAAAAAAAAAAAAAAAGAUACGAAAAUCUGCCUAGAUUCGGCGUCAGUGACCGUCCACGCCACUGCUGCGAGACGAGCAUUGCCCUACAAAAUGAACCAAACGUUUACACCGUUGCGUACAACGAACUUCAAACGUACACACCGACUUGUUCGAGUCCAACAGCUUUAACCGUAGGCGUAGUAUCAUGAUAUUUGAUGUUAUAUAUGUGUGCGCCGAAUACGUAAAUAUGUAUACACGUCGAUUAAUUAAUUGUGUAUGAAUGUAUAUACAUAUACAAUAUUAUACAUAAAUGCGAUGUAGAUUUUUAACUAACGCAAUUCUCGUUUUUUAUUAAAGAGAAAUUUUUAAACUUAAAUCAUAUGAGAAACGCUCAUUUUAUCAUCAUUAGAUUGUAAUGUUUUAGUCUCGAGGUAAAUAAUAAAAAUAAAUCAUUUGCCGUAGUAUUCGUAGAUAUUCGUUAAGGACGCUUCUUUUUAGGCUUCUGUCAACUGUUUAAAUCGAUCAUCACGAACGUAAUCGUUUUUGCAUAAUCGUCACCUUAGUCAUCAAUAUAACAGUCAUCGUCGUCAUUAUUAUUUGAUGUACAACGAACAAAAUUUUCAUAUCAAAUCGAAUCUGCUCCGUACCGCGGAAUGUACCCGUGGUGUUUCCCAAGUUCAACCAUUUGACAUUCAGCUAGAUAUAUGUUGCCAAAACCAUAAAACAAUCUAUCAAAAAUCAAUAUUAAAUGCUGUUAUAAACGGUUUUAUUAAGAAAAA